AUGCCUCCUCUCCAGUCCAAGACUGAAGGUAGAGGAAACGGUAUCAAGACCGCCAUAGUCAACUUGGGUGAAGUUUCACGUGCUUUGAACCGUCCACCGGCAUAUUUGGUCAAGUUUUUCGGAUACGAAUUGGGGGCACAAACGCAAAUUCAAACUGAUCGGUAUUUGGUCAAUGGGGCUCAUGACACUGCCGAGUUGCAGGAUUCAUUAGAUGGAUUCAUUAACAAGUUUGUCUUGUGUGGAUCAUGUAAGAACCCGGAAACUGAAAUUGUCCUCAAGGGGAAAGAUACGUUGGAAAGAGAUUGUAAAGCAUGUGGUAAAGUCACCAUUGUUGAUCCCAAACAUAAAUUGUACUCGUAUAUCGUGAAGAACCCACCUGAUAACAAAAAGGGCAAGAAAUCUGCUACGGCAACUGCUAAUGUCGUUGGUGGUGGUAAAUCGAUUUCGGAUAUUGCUGCUGGUCAUGAAGCAAAUGAAACGAGUCAGAAUGGGGCCGAGGGCGAUGGGGACGAUGACGAAGAUGACGAUUUAUUGGCCAAGAAGAUCAAUGCUGAGGCUGCCAUGUUGCAGGAUUUGAAAAUUAAAGAUGAUGAGUGGGCGGUCGACAUGAGUGAAGAGGCAGUUGCCGCUAGAGCCCGUGAAUUGGAAGCAUUUGAUUCAUCUAAUGCCUAUGAGCAAUUGGGUGAAUGGCUAUUUUCAGAAUCAGACAAUAAGGUGGAAAACUUGCCAUCCGAUGUUGAAAUUUACAAAAAGAUUGUUGAAUUGGAUUUGGUUGAGUCACCAGCCACGUUACAAGUUCUUGCUCAAACUUUAUUCGACGAAGGUGUGCUAGAUCAAGUUGAACCCCACGUUGGAUUAUUGACGAAAUUGAUCAAUGGCGAUACUGAAUUUGAAAAGGCCUUGCUUGGUGGAUUGGAAAGAUUGAUUGGAUUGCUGUAUCCUUCAUUGAUUCCCCAAACGCCAAAGAUUUUGCACACGUUUUAUGAUUCUGAUUUGAUUAGUGAAGAAGUCAUUAUACGUUGGGGAUCAAAAGUCUCAAAAAAGUAUGUGCCAAAGGAGGUUUCUAAAAAGGUUAGAAAGGCUGCUAAACCUUUUGUCCAAUGGUUACAAGAAGCUGAAGAGGAGAGUGAUGAAGAAUAA